CAUUCGUCUGAAGCUAUCACAGUUUGCUAAAAAUGAAGUACUUAUUUAAAUUUAUACUAUUUUUAUUGGGUUUGCUGGUCCCUGGAAAUUGGGCUGUGGAUUCAGAAGUGGGGGCUGUUGUUGACAUAACCCUUGCCCCCAAAACAACCCCGGUGGCACACUUCAAUUUCAUUUUGGACUAUUUGGGAUCCACUACAACAGAAAAAAUCACUACAAAAAAAGAGUUUACUACAACAGAAGAGUUCACUACAACAAGAUAUCCGAUCUACAGACCUCCGUUUGUGGGACUCACGACUUCAAGCCGUAUCAUUUAUGCUAUCACUACAACGAGCCCACGGAUUAGGAGCAAGCCGAUAGAAAAAUGUUAUCUAAGAGAACAACUGGAGUACAGAAAGAUUCGCUAUGCCUGGCGGCCGACUACGAUUUGUUAUCGCUGUUGUUACCAUAACUACACUGAAGUCGCCAAAUGCAGUAGGCUUCACCAGGGGAGGUGUUUAUGGCAUGAUUAUGCUUAAUGGAUACAGAAAUCACAGAAAUUUCAGACUGUAAUAGGGAAAAAAUUCUUCUGUGUCACUGAAUUUAUAUGUGUUUCGGAGAUAAUUUUCUCUGGUUUUAUAUAAUAAUAAAAAUAUUACUAUUUGGUUGGUUUUGAA